CGACAGCACACGUUUUAGUUUUGAAACACAUCAACCUUAUGGGAGGAAAACAGGAACUGGUGAUUUCAAAAUGAAAUUAUUUACAUUUUUCUACUUAGUAUUUUGCUCCAGAUCUGGUAAGAAACCGAAGAGUAGAUCACGCUUGCGCUUAUGUGCUUUAAAACAAUUUCGUCAGCCCGUAUGAGCUAGUUAAUCGCCUGUUUCUCGACCAACGCCCAGCAACUUGUUAUAAAUAUGAAAUACGGGCACUGGGACACAGACGCUGGCUCUUAUCUUCUAAUGUUUCAUUCCUCUCCCACUUCAGAUGUAAAAGUUCUUAAAUUAAAAGAAUAACUUCUUCUUCUUUCGUUUUUACAGGGGGGCAUCGCUAAUUAAUACUUUUCUUUUCAAUGCUUGGAUUCUCAGGUGCUGUAGAUCUUUUCCCAAACCAUCCUUUCAUCUAAGCUUACAUCCGCCUUGAAGCCGAUUUCCCCUGGUGUUUUGGUGAUGUACCCUCAACACUCCUCUGUCAUUUAGCAUUCCUUGUAAGUGUCACGCCCAGUGUAGCCAGCAUUGUUUUUUUUAUAUCUGCUACAUGUGUGGGAUCCUUACAUAGACUAUACAUCUCUUGUUGGUUCGUAUUCUGCAUUAAUAUUCUUUCUUUGUUGGUCCAAAUAUUUUCCGGAUAGAUUUUCUCUCCCAUAUGUUUAAUGGGUUUUCUUCCGUUUGUAUUAUAGUCCAAGUUUUACUUUCGUUACAACUGGUUUGAUUAAAGUUUUAAAAACAGUUUUUCUUUGUUUUUCUCGUCAUGUUUUUACCCUGAGUAUUUUGUCUCUAUUGAAGUUUGCCCUGUUUCCGGCCGGUAUUCUUUAAAAAAAAUUAUGUUAUGAAUUCAUUUCUUUCAUUUAAUAAAGACCCUAGUUUUUUUCAAACGCGUGGUUUCUAAUUUUACUGGUUUCAUCUGUCUGUCUGUUAUCAUAAUCAAGGUCAUGUAUUUUUUUUUUUUUGUGGUAUUUUACUUCCAGGCCUUCUUGUAGUAAUGCGUCUUCUGUUGCAAUGAAGGCUUUUGAUUUGUCUUUGCUACUUUUCCCUAAUGGUGUAAUGUCAUCAGAAUAUGGAAGGUACUAUGGGGUGGCUGGUUGUAGAGAAUGCCUAUUGGUUUUGGGACUUAAGUCUCCCUCAGAAAGUAUCCUGCUAUUGUUCCUUGCUGUUGUCUACGUUCAUAGAUGGGUGUGGCUUAUCUCUUUGAUGCAUUGUGUUUACUACUACAUUAUGGAACGUUCUCGAGUGUAUUAGAAAAGUAAGCGUGUUUCUAGACGCGUCGGUAGACCCACAUAUAUAAGGGAUUGACAGGCACGAGAAUCGGUCGGAGAUUGAUAGAUAUUUUUAACUUCACGAGACGUGUAUUAUUCAUUGUGUGCUCAUAUGUGUUUAUUUCGAAUUCAUCAUUAUUAAUUGGCACAUUGUACUAAUAAUUGUAUACGGGUACAAGAUUUUCACAUACUCUGUAAGUUGAUGAUUUGUAAUUAUAUUUCUUUUGUUUUGUAAUUGUAUUAUUAAUGAAUUAAAUUUUAUUAAUUGUAAUUGGCAACAGUUUUUGCGUGUCGUAUCCUUAUUAUUGUAUUUCUCAAUGUUAUCGUCCUUUAUUGUGCACGGUUUAAACGAGUCAUAACUUAAAACAAGAGAUUAAUUUCUCACAAUAGAAGCCAAUGCGUAACACCAGACUUAUCUUGGUGUACGAACUACUGAUUUGACACUAGUCUUAUCUUGGUGUAUAACCUACUGACAUGACUCCAGUAUUAUUUCUGUACACAACAUACUGACACGACGCAAUUCCUAUCUUUGUGUAAGACGUGCUUACGUGACACCAUUCUUAUCUUGGUGUAUAAACUUAUGAGAUGCCACCUGUCUUUCCUUGGUGUACAAGCUGCUGACAUGACACCUGCUUACACGCCGUAAUCAUUACCUUGGUGAACGACCUGCUUAUAUAACACCAGUCUUAUCUUUGUGUACGACCUGCUGAUAUAACACAAGACUUGCGUAACGAUAGAUUCACCUGGUAUGGUGAUACUAAUUUCUGUGCCAUAGUUUCUAAAUAUAAUCAGGCUGAUUCUGUAGACCUUGGGCUUUCAACUUUAGCAUCAUUGGCCGGUUUGCUCAGACACUGUCGGGGGACGGACUAGAGUUUGAUUUGGUUCUGAAUACUAUGUGAAAUAAUUUCUAUGCGCACCGUACCUUAAAAAACAAUAAACUCAUGGAAAAUUUAAAUUGACAUUGUUAUAACACAUUUAAAUGAGAAUUAGGUACCUUGUUUUUGGCUAAUGUGAUGGCAUAUAUCCGAUUCCAUGUUCGUCACUGCUACCUGAGUACCCGUAAGGCAGUCUAGCGGGCCAGGUUAAGGACCUCUGGCAGGUCGUAUCUGACCAGCGGCCCUUAAUUUUAGAACCCGGCCCUGAAAAAAAUUUACGAUCACAUGUAAAAUACAGCUAAUUAUCUUUAAUUAAAAAAAAAUCAACUUCAUCAUUCUUUUAUAUCAAUAUCAUUUUCAUUUAAAAUCAACUUCUCUUUGUUUCUUUACUCAGUUCAAUGUGCGCUUCCUCUCGUCGACAAGACAGCGGUGGUCGAGGGAGAGCCCUUCACAAUCGUCUGCGAUCACCUUCGAUGCGAUGGCAUUCCCAAACAUGUAAACAGAACUAGUCUUAUAUCAAUAUUGAAGAUAAACCCCAACACUAAUCCAAACGAGACAGCUUUGGCUUACAUUUCUAUUAGCCAGCGUCGAUCAGAUGUUUAUAAAACGGUAAAGAUGCUUACAUUUGGAUUCCUUACAUUUGAGUCAGUUAAUUUUAUAGGCACUUAGAUUUCGGCCACUUAUAUAUGUUGAAUCCUUUAUGUUGGGGUCACUUAUUUUUGGGUAACUUCUGCUUUACAUUUAACCCCAAUAUAAUGAAUAGACAACUCAUUUAAGAGAUCUGUUAUACACAAAUGUUUUUGUGGGCAUCCGUAUGUCACAAUGUGACGAUGGCGUAGACGUCACAGGACGAAAUGACAAGGCCUGGGAUUUAUCUAUAGGAGGAUAAGCUGGUCCCCUAGACAGUUCAUCACCUCACUCCGUGCAUCUUUAUUAUCAAUGCAAACAUCAUGUUUGGAUGAUACAGCUCGGCACAAGUGACGUCGCAGGAGUCCAUGUUGGAGUCAGAAUUUUCCCUUUUCUCUUAGAUCCGUUGCCAUCCAAGGAUAACGAAUCCAAUCCACCCGGGGUGCCGGUGACAGCUUUUUAAAUUAAAUAUAAAAUAAAGGAUUAGGGAUUAAGGACGGGAUGCAUACAAUCUAUUAACAUGUAGCAUUCUGGAUUAUAACAUUACAACCAACUUGACAUUUGUUUCUUUAACUACUUUAUUUUGGGUACAACCAAAGACUAUUUAAGGAUGAAAGGUUUCAGAAUUGUUUUUGAUGUGCGCUUACAAACCUCAGAUGUCUCAUAACAUUAUAUGUAGAGAUCACAGUGAUGUCUCAUAACAUUAUGUGUAGAGAUUGCAGUGAUAUCUCAUACAUUAGUUGUAAUGAUCGAAGUGAUGUCUCAUAACAUUAUGUGUAGAGAUCGCAGUGAUAUCUCAUAACAUUAUGUGUAGAGAUCGCAGUGAUAUCUCAUACAUUAUUUGUAAUGAUCGAAGUGAUGUCUCAUAACAUUAUGUGUAGAGAUCGCAGUGAUAUCUCAUAACAUUAUGUGUAGAGAUCGCAGUGAUAUCUCAUACAUUAUUUGUAGGGAUCGAAGUGAUUUCUCAUAACUUUAUAUGUAGAGAUCGCAGUGAUGUCUCAUAACAUUAUGUGUAGAGAUGGCAGUGAUGUCUUAUACCUUUAUAUGUGGAGAUCGCAGUAAUGUCUUAUAACUUUAUAUGUAGAGAACGCAGUGAUGUCUCUAACAUUCUAUGCAGGGAUCGCAGUAAUGUCUUAUAACUUUAUACGUAGAGAUCGCAGUGAUGUCUGAUAACGUUAUAUGUAGAGAUCGCAGUGAUGUCGCAAAGCAUUAUAUGUAGGGAUCGCAGUGAUGUCUUAUAACUUUAUAUGUAGAGAUCGCAGUGAUGUCUCAAAACAUUAUAUGUAGAGAUCGCAGUGACGUUUCAUAACAUUAUAUGUAGAGAUCGCAGUGAUGUCACAUAACAUUAUAUGUAGAGAUCGCAGUGAUUUCACAUAACAUUAUAUGUAGAGAUCGCAGUGAUGUCACAUAAUAUUAUAUGUAGAGAUCGCAGUGAUGUCACAUAACAUUAUAUGUAGAGAUCGCAGUGAUGUCACAUAACAUUAUAUGUAGAGAUCGCAGUGAUGUCACAUAACAUUAUAUGUAGAGAUCGCAGCGAUGUCUCGAAUGAAAUAGUCGCUGAGGGUCACAUUAUAGAUAUGAGAAUGUGGACAACGCGCGGGCCGCAUUAAUAAUAAACGCUGUUAUCAGGUAGCGGGCCACAAAAUAUCUUCGCGUGGGCCACGAGUUUGAGAUCCUUGGUUUAAACCAUAACUUAAUGAUUGAUGAUCUGUUUUGAUCGAUCAAUGAACGAGGACACCUCACGGUUGAAAGUGUUUCCUCCAGUUUUCUCCUUCGUGGCUUCUCAGGGCGGGAACAAAAGUGGAAGCCACACUAGUACGUUGUGGUAUUGUAUUUGCUAGUUGUGAUAUGUGGAGUCCCUAGCAGAGUAUCGUUGGUGCAGAGUCCUUUCAACGUGCAGUCCUUUCAACAUGCAGUCCUUUCAACGUGCAGUCCUCUCAACGUGCAGUCCUUUCAACAUGCAGUCCUUUCAACAUGCAGUCCUUUCAACGUGCAGUCCUUUCAACAUGCAGUCCUUUCAACAUGCAGUCCUUUCAACAUGCAGUCCUUUCAACAUGCAGUCCUUUCAACAUGCAGUCCUUUCAACAUGCAGUCCUUUCAACAUGCAGUCCUUUCAACAUGCAGUCCUUUCAACAUGCAGUCCUUUCAACAUGCAGUCCUUUCGAUUCAGGCUAACGUCUUGUUCUUCCGGAUGGGUACGGGGCGUAGUCCUUGGAGUCCGGCCCCAGGGAACCAAUCCUGAAUCCAGCUGCAAAGAUGCGAUGAUUUCUUGCCCAACGGCAAUACGGCAAUAUGGAAACCAGGCGAUACGGCAACCAGGCGAUACGGCAACCAGGCGAUACGGCAACCAGGCGAUACGGCAACCAGGCGAUACGGCAACCAGGCGAUACGGCAACCAGGCGAUACGGCAACCAGGCGAUACGGCAACCAGGCGAUACGGCAACCAGGCGAUACGGCAACCAGGCGAUACGGCAACCAGGCGAUACGGCAACCAGGCGAUACGGCAACCAGGCGAUACGGCAACCAGGCGAUACGGCAACCAGGCGAUACGGCAACCAGGCGAUACGGCAACCAGGCGAUACGGCAACCAGGCGAUACGGCAACCAGGCGAUACGGCAACCAGGCGAUACGGCAACCAGGCGAUACGGCAACCAGGCGAUACGGCAACCAGGCGAUACGGCAACCAGGCGAUACGGCAACCAGGCGAUACGGCAACCAGGCGAUACGGCAACCAGGCGAUACGGCAACCAGGCGAUACGGCAACCAGGCGAUACGGCAACCAGGCGAUACGGCAACCAGGCGAUACGGCAACCAGGCGAUACGGCAACCAGGCGAUACGGCAACCAGGCGAUACGGCAACCAGGCGAUACGGCAACCAGGCGAUACGGCAACCAGGCGAUACGGCAACCAGGCGAUACGGCAACCAGGCGAUACGGCAACCAGGCGAUACGGCAACCAGGCGAUACGGCAACCAGGCGAUACGGCAACCAGGCGAUACGGCAACCAGGCGAUACGGCAACCAGGCGAUACGGCAACCAGGCGAUACGGCAACCAGGCGAUACGGCAACCAGGCGAUACGGCAACCAGGCGAUACGGCAACCAGGCGAUACGGCAAUGAUAUGAAAAAUAGGAAGGGAGCAACUUUUGCAUUGGUCGUACGUAAGUCGACAACAACAACAACGAAUUCAGAUCGAGGCUUUGGUGUGAACAUGCAGGUGAACACAAACAUAUUAUUAGUCUUUACCAUAGUCGAUGCAAGCAUCCAUGGCUAGCGUCGACGUGAGGCAAAUAUUACAUUAAUAAAUAGCGUCAGAGGGCCGUCGAGCUUGCGCUCUUUAUGCCCUCACCAAAACACCCCUCCCCAACACCCGAUAUCGGGCCGCAUAGCGGCACGUUGUGGAUGUCUCUUUUUCAGGGCAGCCUCCACCCGAGUCCGCUCGAUCGGGUUCCACUGGUGGCCGUCCUAACCCAAAGACACCCGGUCGGUCCGACACUGUGUUUGCGCACAAUGCACACGAUCGACUUUCUCAGGAGUCGGGAUGGAAAAUGUACGUCUUAAAAUCUCCCCCCCCCCAUGCCGGGGAAGCGUUAGACGCCCUAUAAGAGGGAUUCAACUGUGGUUUUCCACAACGCAACAAAUUUGCGAAGGAGCUGGGACGAAACGGUUGCCUUGAAACAGCUUCUCAUAGCUGCAUAGUAAGAAUCAUCGGCCACAGGUUACCAUCUUUGCGUCUCGCCUCAAAUCCAUUAACGGCUACUUGUAAUCAUGAUUCUUCCACAUGUGAAGCAUCACAACUGGCAGCCCUGUAGGUGCUGUUUUAUUUACGGCAGGUAACGAGUACGUCCAUUGUAUGCCCACGCAGGAAGAGUCACAGUGUUCUUGUUCCCCGGGUAACGUCGAGGGGGUCGGUGGCCGACGCCUCUUAAUCGAUAAGCCACCACAGACUUGUCAACCGGAGCCCUGGGAAGAAAUUAGGCAAAUGAUCUCUUCAAUCAUAAUGACACAAUAAUUGAUAAAAAAAGGAAUGCACUAUAAUAGUAUAAAUCUACCUCACCAUUCUUAAGAUGGCAUGAAGUCUUUAGAUAACUAAAUCUCAAAAUGGCCAAUACGUGUCCCAGCUUGAAGACACAUGGCAAACAUAGUUUUUAAGAUAAAAUGCAAAGGUCAAACUUGUUUAUUCUUAUGAGAAUUAUAAAGCAUUGACAUAAAUAAGACAUACUUGAAAUCAUUCCUGCACAACAAGCGUCACAACAUACGGCCCGCGGGCCACAUGCGGCCCGCAAUCACCCACUUUGUGGCGCGUAAAGUAACGAAGCAUUCUUUAUUAUUAAUAUUUUCUUAAUCGCUUUUCCUCUGACCUCUUUUCUUUUGCCCCGCACAAGUCCUUCCUUAUUUUCCGUUGGCCCGCGCACGUUUUUCAUUAAGUGUUACUUCCAUUUGGUUGUGCAGGCUUGCUUUAAAUAAUUGGUAGUAAAAUAUAACAAUAUAAAAGGUUUAAAAUAAAAUGCUUAAACAACUCACUAGGUUAUAUUUGCCGCCGGCUGGUCACUAUGGCGUGAAGAUCUAGAAAGAAGUGUUCUUAAUUCUACCUGGCAUAUAUAGUUAAGGUUAUAUAAUUGGUCAUUGGCUGAUUUCUAUCAUGUGUUAAACAGACCUUUUGCAUCGUGAUCAAAAGAUUUCCUGAGUUGACUCAGAAGUGAAGUGUAUUUUUGACUGCGCGUUUCAUGAGACGGUUCACCACUCUCAUUCAGUUCUAGACGAUGACAAUAGGGGGAAUAACCCAUAGCAAACAAUACAAAGGGUAGGGGAGGAUAAUCAAUCAAGGUUUUCAAAGUGUAUCACUGCAUUGGAAUUUAAAUGUCCAGCUAGAUUUCAUCACAAAUUUAUAUGCCUGGAAACGAGAUCGCUUCAUUUGUGUGUACCAUGAGCUCGCUCCAUCUGUGUGUACCAUGAGCUCGCUCCAUCUGUGUGUACCAUGAGCUUGCUCCAUCUGUGUGUACCAUGAGCUCGCUCCAUCUGUGUGUACCAUGAGCUCGCUCCAUCUGUGUGUACCAUGAGCUCGCUCCAUCUGUGUGUACCAUGAGCUCGCUCCAUCUGUGUGUACCAUGAGCUCGCUCCAUCUGUGUGUACCAUGAGCUCGCUCCAUCUGUGUGUACCAUGAGCUCGCUCCAUCUGUGUGUACCAUGAGCUCGCUUCAUCUGUGUGUACCAUGAGCUCGCUCCAUCUGUGUGUACUAUGAGCAGUCUUCUUAACCAAUACACUAUCGCCACGUCUACAUUUUGAGGCCUAAAUAGUAUAUGUGAAGUAAAUAAUCCCAAUUGCUGUAGCUCUGAGAGAAAAAAAGAGUACAUUAUUUUCAUUUCAUUAUGUCAAAUAUCUGUUCAUUUUUUCGCCAGUAUUUGUAGAUUACAAUCUUCAUUUACAAUGUCUCAUCCAUUUACAGCAAAUACCCGAUGGAAGAAACUGGAAGCCGUCAUUUCACAGUGAGAACCAUACUGACAACAUAUUCUCUAUUAAUGUGACUCUUACAGUGAUGGACACAAGGGUUGAAGACAGUGGCCAAUAUAUGUGUAGACUCUAUUAUAUGGCAAAUGAGGACGACUUUGAUAGCUCAGAUUGCAGUACUUCCGUUUGGCUCAGUGUCCGUAUAGGUAAGUCUGGGACUUGAUUUAAUUAGGCCAGACUGACACUGUCACACGCUUAAAACGGUAAGAGAAAGUCAAAAUAUAAAAAAAAAAAUAAUAAAAUAAAGUAUUAUAAUUACUUAAUUGAGAGUCCAGUGGUUUACGGUAACAUUUACAUUAAAAAAAAAUACAGUGUACAACUAAUGACUCCAUAUAUGGACUGUAACGAUCUUAAUUAAAUUGUUGAAAUUAAAACUGGCAUCAAUUUGUAUCUGUCAUCACUUUCUACCUAUAUAACAUGUUUAUUUAAUUAUAUAUCUUGCAACUUUAUCUUGAAACUUACGAGAAAAAAUAUAAAUUAACAGUUAUUUAUCUGGUUAGUGAAUGACAGGUGAUCCCGAUUCCGAUUAAACAAUGAUCCCGAUGGGACCAGUAUCCUGAUUGGAUACAGUUCCCGGUGGAAUCCCGAUCACAAUUACUUCCUUUUUUCGAUUGGAUCCCAUUUGCCGAUGGGAUUCGUUUCCUGGUGAGAAUACAUUCAGAGAGUGAUCCCGACUGCAUUGGAAACUCAAAAACUGUGGGAUACCGUUUUCCUGAUAGGCAUCCUGCUUUUUGAUAGUGUUUAAAAAAAAUUAGCUUAGUAGAAAGGCCCGAGAAAAAUUGACUAGCGAUCAAAGUGGCCCUUUAGACGAUUUGGGUUGACGGCCCUUGGACUACCAGCUACUGAUAAAAAACAACCACUUUUACAUCUCUACAGCCUCGCUGUACACCGGCCCUAAAGAUUCAAAGGUCAACACCGACUCUCCAAGUGGUACGUCUUUUCUUAGAAGUCAUGCAGAUUUUUUCCAUAUAUAUAUAUAUAUAUAUAUAUAUAUAUAUAUAUAUAUAUAUAUAUAUAUAUAUAUGGCAUCAAUAAUUAACAUCUACAAAUCAUAACUAAAAUUGGUGUAGAUUGAUUUUUUUUUUUCAAAACGAAAAUUAUGUGAAUCAGAUGGUUAAAAAAUGUACGAAUUCCCUUCACUUUGCUCGUCACUUCUUUCCCUUUCUAUGACUCUGUCUAAGUUUAUUUCACUUUUAUAUAUUUUUCUCCAUUUCUUUGCGUUUCUCUCUCUAUGUCGUUAAACUCACAAUCCGAUGUUUAUUUUUUUUUGUGUACACUUACACUACCAAGUGAGAUUACCAGGUUGAUUUCAAGGAAGUGUAAACAAUGAUUUACAUAUUUAAAUAAUGUUUUGUGAUAAAAAUAUUCCCUUUUUCUUCUUCUUCUUCUUCUAUAUGUUAAGGAUCCACGAUACAUUUAUUGAUCAUUUUGGCUCCUAUGCAUGUAGAGGGGAUUUGCAAUGUGCCUUGUGUUAAAGAGUAUGUUUCACUGGUUGCAAGAGCCACUUUUUGAGGGAAUCAUUCACUGGGGGUUGGAAGGCUUGACGCAGUAGAAGCAAAUGUGUCUACUGUUGUCGUCACUACUCUUCCUUUUGAAAGCUUGUUCCAGUCCCUGAUUGCCUUGAGCAGGAAUGAACAGCUCCUAUACUGGCUUCUUGCUGGUAUGAGCCUGGAAUUGCCUGUCAUUGCCUCGUCGCUGUCUAUGAGGGAGAGGGACGAGUUUGUGUUUAAUACUGGAACAGUGGACCAGCCCAUUAUUUAUUUUGUCCAUCAUGGAGAGCCUGGUUUGUCGUCGUCGUUCUUCGAAUGCUGACCAGCCUAGUGUUUCCAGCAUGCUGCCAACACUUGAGGUAUUCCUGUAGUGGUUCAGGACAAAGCGUGCUGCCCGUCGCUGGACCGCCUCCAUCCUGUCAAUGCUCUUCUGGGUAAAUUUGUCCCAGGCUGAAGAUUCAUAAUCUAAAACCGGACGGACAAAGGCUUUAUAUGCUCUUUCUUUCACACUGGAGUUGCCAAUCUUUAGAUUACGCCUUAAGAACCCAAGGGCCUUGUUUGCUUGGUUACAUACAUUGUUAAUAUGCUCGUCUCAACGGACCUCUCUUUGAAUUUUUAAAAACAUAAAAAAAAAUUAAAUGUCACCUUCCGACCAGGUUCCUUCCCAAAAUGGAUAAUGAUACUAUUUCCAGUGCAGAUGUUCUAAAAUGAGUCUAAUAUAGAAACACAAACAACAACGAGGUUACGGACCUUGGUGUCAUCUAUAUUUGUGUUUGAGACUAAAGCUAUUUUGUAAUACUUACUUCUUGCUUAACUAUCUACUCACGAACAUACGGUUUUCUGUCCCACCGAACACGUUCUACACAUGGUUACCUGUAAUAUAUUUAUCCCAAAAUUUUAUAAACUUACUUCCCUUUGUUUGCUUUAGAACUCGAAAUGCAAUUCCAAAGAUAUUAGCAGCGAAACAUGGGGUUUGAUUGGAGGUGUGCUUCAUUUGACAAGCACUAACAUUCGAACGAAUUGUUCAACAUCCUAAAUAAUAUACAUAAAUGUUAAUUAAGUCGUCUUAGAUGGAAUAAGAUGGUUGACAACAACAAGGAAUGAUAGGCUAUAAUUGACAUCAUUGUCACGGUGAGCAUCUGUCCCACUCUACAACUUUAUAUCGUGGGGUAACCGAAUGUUCCGUUUACAUCAUUUUAACAAAAAAAUUAUUAAAGUAUUAAAGGGCGUAUACGAAAAAGAUAGAAUAAUAAAUAUCUUAACUAGAACUACUGACGUUGGUAAAAUGAAUAUACAUCAAUUGCUUUGCAUUAAGAUCAACUGAUAUUGCCAAAGUUUAAUUAAUAAAAGGCUUUAAUUGAUAAAUUUCUGGUUUCACCAUACAGUCAAGUCAUUGUGAUGCAUCGUUUACCAAAUACCAUUAUGUUUCAAGAAGCUUUUAACAUGUCUCUCAGUGUCUCAACAUGCUGCUUACAUGACGCACAGUGUCUCAACGUGCUGCUACAUGACGCACAGUGUCUCAACGUGCUGAUAACAUGACUAACAAUGUCUUAACGUGUUGCUUACAUAACACACAUUGUCUAAACGUGCUGCUAACAUAACACACAGUGUCUCAAUGUGCUGCUAGCAUGACCCAAAGUGUCUUAACGUGCUAAUAACAUGACUCACAAUGUCUCAACAUGUUGCUUACAUGACAUACAGUGUCUCAACGUUUUGCUAACAUGACGCACAGUGUCUCAACGUGCUGGUAAAAUGAAACACAGUGUCUCAACGCGCUGGUAACAUGACACACACUGUUUCAACGUGCUGCUAACAACACAGUGUCUCAACGUGCUGCUAACAAAUACUAACAUGAUUCAUGGUGUCUCAACGUGCUAAUAACAUUGCAUACUAUGUUUGAACUAGCUGCUAACAUUAUACAUAAUGUGUAUCAUCUGGCUUCUAUCAUCACACAAAAGUAUCAACUUGCUGAUAUCAUCACACAAAAGGAUCAACUUGCUGGUAUCAUCACUGGCUUUAUAUAUCGACUGUUUUUAUCAUCACACACAAUCAAUCACCUAGCCGCUAUCAUCACACACUAUGUAUUGACUGCCUACUAUCAUCACACACUAUGUAUCAACUGGCUGAUAACAUCACAAACUAUGUAUCGACUGGCUGAUAACAUCACAAACUAUGUAUCAACUGGCUGAUAACAUCACAAACUAUGUAUCAACUGGCUGAUAACAUCACAAACUAUGUAUCAACUGGCUUUUAACAUCACAAACUAUGUAACAACUGGCUGUUAACAUCACAAACUAUGUAUCAACUGGCUGUUAACAUCGCACACUAUGUAUCAAAUGGCUAUUAACACCACCCACUAAGUAUCAAAUGGCUGCUAAUAUCACACACUAUGUAUCAACUGGCUGAUAACAUCACAAACUAUGUAUCAACUGGCUAUUAACAUCGCACACUGUGUAUCAACUGGCUAUUAACACCACACACUAAGUAUCAAAUGGCUGCUAACAUCGCACACUUUGAAUCAAAUGGCUGCCAACAUCACACACUAUGUAUCAAAUGGCUAUUAACAUCACACACUAAAUAUCAAAUUGCUGCUAACAUCGGACACUUUGUAUCAAAUUGCUGCUAACAUCGGACACUUUGUAUCAACCGUCUAUUAACAUCACACACUAAGCAUUAAAUGGCUGCUAACAUCACACAUUUUGUAUCAACUGGCCAUUAACAUCGCACUUUUUUUAUCAACUGGCUGUUAACAUCGCACACUAAGUAUCAAAUGGCUGCUAACAUCAAACACUAUGUAUCAACUGGCUAUUAACAUCGCACACUAUAUAACAACUGGCUGUUAACAUCACAAACUAAGUAUCAAUUGGCUGCUAACAUCAAACACUAUGUAUCAAAUGACUAUUAACAUCACACACUAAGUAUCAAAUAGCUGGUAACAUCGGACACUUUGUAGCAAAUGGCUGCUAAAAUCACACACUAAGUAUCAACUGGCUGUUAACAUCUGACACUAUGUAUGAACUGGCUAUUAACAUCACACACUAUGUAACAACUGGCUGUUAACAUCACAAACUAAGUAUCAAAUGGCUGCUAACAUCAAACACUAUGUAUCAACUGGCUAUUAACAUCGCACACUAUGUAACAACUGGCUGUUAACAUCACAAACUAAGUAUCAAAUGGCUGCUAACAUCAAACACUAUGUAUCAAAUGACUAUUAACAUCACACACUAAGUAUCAAAUAGCUGGUAACAUCGGACACUUUGUAUCAAAUGGCUGCUAAAAUCACACACUAAGUAUCAACUGGCUGUUAACAUCUCACACUAUGUAUCAACUGGCUAUUAACAUCACACACUAUGUAACAACUGGCUGUUAACAUCACAAACUAAGUAUCAAAUGGCUGCUAACAUCAAACACUAUGUAUCAACUGGCUGUUAAAAUCGCCCACUAUGUAUCAACUUGCUGUUAACAUCACACACUAUGUAUCAACUGGCUGCUAACAUCGCACACUUUGUAUCAACUGGCUGUUGACCUCAAACACUAUGUACCAACUGGCUGUUAAGAUCGCACACUAUGUAUCAACUUGCUGUUAACAUCACACACUAUGUAUCAACUGGCUGUUAACAUCAGAAACUAAGUAUCAAAUGGCUGCUAACAUCAGACACUAUGUAUCAACUGGCUAUUAACACCGCACACUAUAUAUCAACUGUCUGUUAACAUCGCACUCUAUGUAUCAACUGGCUGUUAACAUCGCACACUAUGUAUCAACUUGCUGUUAACAUCAUACACUAUGUAUCAACUGGCUGUUAACAUCAGAAACUAAGUAUCAAAUGGCUGCUAAUAUCAGAUACUAUAUAUCAACUGUCUGUUAACAUCGCACACUAUGUAUCAACUUGCUGUUAACAUCGCACACUAUGUAUCAACUUGCUGUUAACAUCGCACACUAUGUAUCAAAUCCCUGUUAACAUCGCACACUUUGUAUCAACUGGCUGUUAACAUCGCACACUUUGUAUCAACUGGCUUGUUAACAUCGCACACUUUGUAUCAACUGGCUGUUAAUAUCGCACACUUUGUAUCAACUGGCUUGUUAACAUCGCACACUUUGUAUCAACUGGCUGUUAACAUCGCACACUUUGUAUCAACUGGCUGUUAACAUCGCACACUUUAUAUCAACUGGCUUGUUAACAUCGCACACUUUGUAUCAACUGGCUUGUUAACAUCAUACACUGUGUAUCAAAUGGCUAUUAACAUCACACACUAAGUAUCAAAUGGCUGCUAACAUCGCACACUUUGUAUCAAAUGGCUGCCAUCAUCACACACUAUGUAUCAAAUGGCUGCUAAAAUCACACACUAAGUAUCAACUGGCUGUUAACAUCGGACACUUUGUAUCAAAUGGCUGCUAAAAUCACACACUAAGUAUCAACUGGCUGUUAACAUCGCACAUUAUGUAUCAAAUGGCUAUUAACAUGGCACACUAAGUAUCAAAUGGCUGCUAACAUCACACACUUUGUAUCAACUGGCUGUUUACAUCGCACACUUUGUAUCAACUGGCCGUUAACAUAAAACUUUAUGUAUCAUCUGAUUACAAUCAUCUCACACUAUGUAUCAACUGGCUGUUAACAUCACAUACUAUGAAUCAACUCGCUGCUAUCAUCCCACAUUAUGAUUUAACUUGCCACUAUCUUUACAAACUAUGUAUCAACUUGCUAUUAUCAUUAUAGACAAUGUAUAAACUGGCUGCUAUCAUUACACACUAUGUUUGUCAAGGCCGCUAUGAUAACACACUAUCUAUUAACUGGCUGUAAACAUCAUACACUGUGUCCAACUUGAAACUCUCAUCACACACAUGUCUCAACUGACUGCAAACAUCACACGCUCUGUCUCAAAUUACUGCGACCAACACACUUUGUGUCUCAAGUGGCUGUAAACAUCACACACUGUGUCUGAAAUUACUGCGACAAACACAGUCUGUAACUAGGUGGCUGUAAACAUCACACUGUGUCUCAAGUGGCUGUAAACAUCACACUCUGCGUCUCAAGUGGCUGUAAACAUCACACUCUGCGUCUCAAGUGGCUGUAAACAUCAUACUCUGUGUCUCAAGUGGCUGUAAACAUCACACUCUGUGUCUCAAGUGGCUGCUAAGAACAAACAAUUUGUCUCAUCUUGCUGCAGAGAUCUCAUACUGUGUACUAUAUUGCUUGUAACAUCACCCGUGUAAUUCAACUUGUUUUUAACAUCCUACAUUUUUAAAAUCAUAUAGACCGGCUGGAUGAGAGCGCUACUGGCUCAAAAACCCAAAGUGGGGGUAGGUUUAUAUUACAAAACACUUGAGAUUCUUUCUGCUCUGCUCAUUUAAACCUAGAUUAUAUUUUAUUGGUUCAAAAUCUCAGUUGAAGGAAACAAAUAUGAUUUUAUAUUUUUUGAUAAAAAAAACAAAAUUAAAUUCGGUUGUUGGUUAUUUGGUCAUUGAAAGCGCUUCAGUUUGUUCUUGUGAACACAGUAUGUUUCACACUGAAUAUUUUUCAUUUCAAAUUUCACUAGACAAAAAGCUCCAGAAAUAUUCUCUAGAGUCUCGUGUUAGAUCUUGUUACAAUGGAACAUAUAAUUGUGUAUAUUUGUAACUUGUAAUUUCUAUCUUGAUAAUUUCAAAUACACUAAUAGUAAAUUUACAAUAAAUUUUACAAUCGAAAGAUCAGAAUGAGGACAUGAUGUGUAAAAUACAUGACAGGAAGUGCUGUCUAUAAAGUUAUACCACAUGUUCCUUUACUUUCCUAAAAUUACUGUAUAAAUCACCUAUUUUACCUAUUAGUAUAUUUCAAAAACUUAUUUCAAUGUAUUUCGAUUAAUGGCACCAAACUUUAUUUUAAGUCAAGCCAAUCACAUAAAAACAUCAUAACGAGCCAACCAAGACAAAAUAAUUGAAAAGUAUCUUUUCAGGGAUAAGUAUUAUUAUUAUUAUUUUAUGAGUAAAGUUGUGACAUAUCUUUACUGGGUUAGUCAAAUAAUAAUCAUUUUAGUAAAUAAGGAAAUAUAUUUCGGUUUUUAUUUAUUUGAUUCAGAUACUACAGUACUUUUUAUAUUUAUUCACUUCCCUGCAGUGUGGUUCCAUACACUUCCCUGCAGUGUGGUUCCAUAAACUUCCCUGCAUUGUGGUUCAAUACACUUCCCUGCAGUGUGGUUCCAUAAACUUCCCUGCAGUGUGGUUCCAUACACUUCCCUGCAGUGUGGUUCCAUACACUUCCCUGCAGUGUGGUUCCAUAAACUUCCCUGCAGUGUGGUUCCAUACACUUCCCUGCAGUGUAGUUCCAUGCACUUCCCUGCAGUGUAGUUCCAUGCACUUCCCUGCAGUGUAGUUCCAUGCAAUUCCCUGCAGUGUAGUUCCAUGCACUUCCCUGUAGUGUAGUGCCAUACACGAUCCUAAUGUCGUUAUACGUUCACAAACCUGUGCGUCACUCUGUUGUCUAAUCCAUGUACAUAAUCACUUGUCUGUAAAUCCUAAUUCACAUAGUUUAAAAGUGUGUACAAAUACGUAAAUCCAUUUUUUUAAAAACUUUAUUCAGAGAAAGUUAAAGUUUAUAAUGUAAUCCAUUUACACUAAUUUUUUUUUAAAAAUUACAAAACUAUUUUCUCAUCAGGGGAGAGAACUACAAAAUCAGAGCCCAGAAACCAUGGACACUUCAUUUUCACCAGAGAAAUACAAGAAGUUUUUGGACUUUAUUUCAUUUGCCUGGCUGCUUGGUUACGUUAACGUCCAUCUGUUAGAAGUUUUAGACACGGGAAAGGGAAUUUAGUAAAAUAUUGUGAAAACAUUCAAAAUUUCUCCUUCCCCUGCGCGUCGUUGAGACUAUAACUUACGAACCAAAUAAAAGAAAUUACAAUUUUCAAUUGAUAUUUAAUGAAUUAAUCGAUGAACACAAGAGGAUAUAUUUCAGUUAUCAAAGGUGUUGUGGAAAUCAAUCUAAUCUAAGACAGUCUUUUUAACUGUUAUUUACAUACACCAUGUGUGUUCGCUGUGUAUCAAGUAUCGAUAAAGGUUGCUUUUACUACAGAUGUCAAUGUGUUUUUGAAAAUCGUUGAUUAUAAAAUUUCAGGCUAAAUAUAACUAUAAUGAUUAUUUUUCUAAACCAUUCAUCAUAAAAAUUUUAAUACUAUGUAUCUAUAUUUUAUUAUUUUAACAAGCUACC